AUGGCUCCCGCACUUGUCAAUACAAGCACUUUACAGCAGCCUUUGUCCAGCCCAGUCAAGCUUUCUGCUUUUCCUGAUGGCCUUAAAACAUCCGGACAGCACCCUCCUGUGUACUCUCAGGUUCGGCCAUACAAAGACUUUCCCAAAAUUCAGACCGGGCCCACAGUGUGGAAGGCAGAGGACUACCGAGAGAAUCCGGAGCUUUGGACACAUCGAUUCAGCUCCGAAGAGAUUGCGGAGAUCAGCACUGCGUCCGAUGACUUUAUUAAGAAGGGAGCUCCUUUGACUGGUAUUUCAAAGGAAAACUUCCAUCUGCCACACUUGCGUGAACGAUUGGAAGCACUCAGAAAGGAUCUUGUCGACGGAAAGGGGUUCUUUCUUUUCAGAGGCCUUCCAGUUCAGGACUGGGAUCUCCAGAAGUGUGCGACAGCGUAUAUGGGCAUUGGCACAUAUUUGGGUUAUUUCGUGAGCCAAAAUGGACGCGGUCAUGUUCUUGGCCAUGUUAAGGAUUUAGGAGAAGAUCCCACCAAGACUGACAGAGUUCGCAUUUACCGAACGAAUGCUCGUCAAUACUUCCACACUGAUGGAGCCGACUUUGUGGGGCUUCUAUGCAUCGCCAAAUCUCUAUCUGGCGGAGAGUCCGACAUCGCGUCUACACAUCAUGUGUUCAAUGUUCUCCAAGAGAGACAUCCGGACGUGGUGCAAACACUUUGUGAGCCAAACUGGUAUUUUGACCGCAAGGGGGAAAUCUCCGAAGGCGAGGAUGGCUGGAUUCGAGGAAGUAUCUUCUACCUCGAGAACGAUUGCCGGAGGCAAAAACGCGCUCUCGAAAUAUUUGAGAAGACCUGCGCUGAGCUAUCCUUGCACAUGAUCCUAGCUCCAGGCGACAUUCAAUUUUUGAGCAAUGCACAGGUGUUCCAUGCACGAACUGCCUACACAGAUCAUCCUCCUGGGGCAGUGGAUGAGGAAGGCCGGCCUGCUCGUCGUCGACAUCUAAUGCGACUUUGGCUUGCGGCCCCGGAGUCUGAAGGUGGAUGGAGACUUCCGUACCAUGAUACCAUGGAGAAGAAACGAGGAGGUAUUCAGGUCAACGACACCCCGCCUGUCUGCCCAUUGGAUGCCGAGUGA